AUGGGGCGCACUAAGGGAGGCAGAACAUGGGGGCGGCAACCAGUUCAUGUGCAUGGGAAUUUCAUGCACUUAAGGGAUGUGGGAAUGAAGACCAUCAGCCAUGUUAGUGGAGUUUGGGGCCCAGCAGAAGUGGCGCCAACUUUCCCUCCCAAUUACCUCAUGUCAAGUGCGUUUGGGACGUGCAAUAUACAAGGAAGCUUUGCAUCAGAUUUCUCUUCUUCUUCCUUUCUUUGUUUGAUGUGUUAUGCGCAUGGUUUGAUUGUGUGGUUGCCGGCUGUGUUGCUUUUGGAGUUUAAACAAAAGUGCCGUGACAAGUGGUAUCAGAGCAUUGAGAGUUGCUCGGUGAAAAUGGCUGACACUAGUGACCCGGAACAAGCUGUUGGCACCUCUGUGGCAGAAGAACCGACGGUAAGGGGGAGGAGAAAGGGGCAGGCCAAGUCAAGAGAACCAUCUCGGGCGAGAGAAGAGGUGGGUGAUUUCGAAACUAGGCUGUCCAGGUUAGAACUUUACGUAGCUGGUGAGGAGUCAAGGGUUGAUGGGUUGGAGAACCGAGUGGAGGGGCUUGCGGAAGACCUAGAGGAGACUAGGGGAGAGGCGCAAGCUGCUCACAACAUGGCCCUGGACAAAAUAGCUACUGAAAGUGAGGUUCUACGAGUGUCCCAAGCCGAGGAAGUUUCUGCCUUGAGAGAGGAAAACCGUGUGUUGAAGGAGGAAGUAGAGAAAAUCAAGGAUGACCUUGCAAUGCUGAAAAGGGUUAUGAACCAAGGGAGUGGGGCUGACCCGAGUGUUUCUCAUGCAGCCCAUGCGGCUAGGAUGGAUGUACCAAAGCCUAGCGCUUUUAAAGGUUCCCGAAGUGCCAAAGAGAUCGACAAUUUUCUUUGGACACUGGACCAGUAUUUUCGGGCAUUAGGAGUUGAUGAUGAUGCUCGAAAAAUCGACAAUGCUCCAUUGUAUUUGGCGGACAGCGCCAUGGUGUGGUGGAGAAGGAGGUUAACUGAUGUGGAAAAGGGUACUUGCACCAUUUCUACGUGGGACGAGUUCAAGAAGGAAUUGAAAAAACAAUUUUACCCGGAAAAUGCUGCUACCGAGGCUAGGGCGAGGUUAAGACGCCUUACACAGAAAGGGACUAUCAAGGAGUAUGUUAAGGACUUCACCGAGGUGUUGCUUGAAAUCCCCGACUACCCAGACUUAGAAGCCUUGUUUGCUUUCAAAGAUGGGCUGCAACCUUGGGUUAAUUUGGAAAUUGAGAGAAGGGGCGCCCAGGACCUUGCAACUGCCAUAGCCAUUGCCGAGUCUCUUGUGGAAUUUAAGAGAACGGAUAAGUCCAAGGGAAGGGACGGCAAGAGUAAGGGCAGUGGAGAUAAGGGUGGAAACAAGGAAGGGAGCGGCAAAGAGGUUCAAAAAGAGGGAAAUGGGAAGAAGGGAUGGCAAGGCAAGAAAGACAAUCGGGAAGGCAAAAACAAGGGAGGAAAUAGGCCAUUUAAAUCUGGUGAACGUGGCCCCUUGAAGUGUUUUCUGUGUGAGGGACCUCACAAAAUGGCAAACUGCCCGAAGAGUGGAGGCCUCAUUGCAUUGACCGAAAGUAAGGGAGAAGCUGCACCACGUGAGGAAGGUUCAAGUAUGGGUUCACUGCAGUUAGCGGCAAUUGUGAAGGGUAAGCAGAUUGAGACUGGGGUUGGCACGAAAGGGAGAUUGUUUGCUCAGUUGAGAAUUGACCAGAACGAGGUUCAGGCUUUGGUUGAUACUGGGGCAUCGGACAAUUUUCUGAGACUAGAAGAGGCGCAGAAAUUGGGCAUCACAUUCAGUGGGAAAUCAGGUUGGUUGAAGGCCGUAAAUUCGAAACCAACACCCACACAUGGAGUGGCUGCCAACGUGAAUGUAAGGAUUGGCGAAUGGACUGGGCUUAUUGAUUUUUCAGUAGUGUCCAUGGACGACUACUCAUGCGUACUGGGAAUGGACUUCAUGGAUAGGGUGAGGGCAAUCCCUAUUCCCUUUGCUAACAGCCUGUGUAUAGUGGAGGAUAAGGGUGCAUGCACUGUUCCAUUGAGAAGAGGAAAAUCUGCUGGAAGCACCUUGUCUGCGCUGCAGUUGGCUAAGGGUGUGCGCAAACUAGAACCAACGUUUUUAGUGGCCCUGCAGGCCGAGAAUAAUGAGCAGUCUGGGGUAGUUGUGCCGCAUGAAGUACAGUCUGUGUUGGAAGAAUUUUCGGAUGUAAUGCCCAAGGAACUGCCGAGAGAAUUGCCUCCCAAGAGAGAUGUUGAUCACUCUAUUGAACUGCUGCCUGGAUCAAAACCCCCAAGUGGAGUCCCUUACCGCAUGGCACCUCCUGAGUUGGAGGAGCUGCGUCGGCAGUUGAAAGAAUUAUUGGAGGCUGGUUUUAUUCAGCCGUCCAAGGCACCCUUUGGUGCGCCAGUGCUGUUUCAGCGGAAGAAGGACGGAAGUCUCCGAAUGUGUAUCGACUACAGGGCUUUGAACAAGGUUACGGUGAAAAAUAAAUAUCCUAUUCCGCAUAUUGGAGAUUUAUUUGAUCGGUUGGGGGCAGCCCGAUGGUUUUCGAAAUUGGACCUACGUUUGGGGUACUACCAAGUCAGAAUUGCCGAGGGAGAUGAACCAAAGACGGCUUGUGUGACUCGGUAUGGUUCGUAUGAAUUUCGGGUAAUGCCUUUCGGCCUCACCAACACGCCUGCUACCUUCUGCACCUUGAUGAACCAGGUAUUCCAUCAGUUUUUAGAUCAUUUCGUUGUGGUUUACUUGGACGAUAUAGUGGUGUAUAGCCGGACACUUGAUGAGCAUGUGGGCCAUUUGCGGCUGGUUUUUCAUGAAUUGCGGAAGCACCAUUUAUAUGUGAAGAAAGAAAAAUGUGAGUUUGCAAAGGAAGAGGUUGCGUUUUUGGGCCAUGUAGUCGGACACGGGCUGAUUAAAAUGGAUGAGACCAAGGUUAGGGCCAUUGAGGAAUGGGAGCCGCCCAAACGGGAAUCUUUUGAGAAGCUAAAGCAAGCGCUGAAAGGGGAACCGGUUUUGAGACUGCCAGAUUUUGCCGCACCAUUUGAGGUUCAUACUGAUGCUUCGGACUAUGCUAUCGGGGGUGUGAUCAUGCAAGACCGACACCCAAUAGCUUACGAGAGCAGAAAAUUAAAUGAUACAGAGCGGAGGUAUACUGUCCAGGAGAAAGAGAUGACGGCCGUUGUCCAUUGUUUGAGGACUUGGCGUCAUUAUUUGUUGGGAAGCCGCUUCGUGGUGAAGACGGAUAAUGUGGCAACAAGCUAUUUUCUCACUCAGAAAAAACUGUCACCUAAGCAAGCAAGAUGGCAGGCGUUCCUUGGGGAGUUCGACUUUGUGAUGGAGUACAAACCGGGAAAGGCCAAUCUUGUGGCCGAUGCACUUAGCCGAAAAGUGGAGCUGGCAGUAGUUACCACACAACCCACUCCUGACCUGCUGGGGCGCAUUGGUGAGGUUCUCCAGCAGGAUCCUCAUGCCCAGCUGCUGUGUGAAUUGAUUGCGCAGGGGAGGACAAGGAGGUUCUGGAGGGAUGAGCAAGGGCUGAUUCAGACAAGAAAGGGGGCAGUUUUUGUACCGAGAGGGGGCGGUCUGAGGAGGUUAGUUUUGAGUGAAUGCCAUGACUCGAAGUGGGCUGGUCAUCCGGGGGCGCAGCGCACCCAAGCACUGGUCGAAAGAGGUUAUUAUUGGCCUCGGAUGCGGGAUGACAUUGAGCUGUUUGUGAGGACUUGCCUCGUAUGUCAGCAGGACAAGGGCGAACAGCGAAGGCCGGCUGGCUUGUUGGAAACUCUCCCAACGCCAAGCCGCCCAUGGGAAAGCAUUUCGAUGGAUUUUAUUGUUGGCUUGCCGAAGGUUAAUGGGCUGGGCAACAUUAUGGUUAUUGUGGACAGAUUGAGCAAGUACGCAGUGUUUAUUCCAGCUCCGGUUUUGUUUGAUGCAAAGGAGGCAGCGAGGUUAUUUUUCCAUGGUGUUGUGAAAUCUUGA